AUGUUUCUUAGAAUGGAGCCGAUUCCAAAACUUCUAGCUGGACUUAUUCUGCUGACUCUGUGUGUGGUGGGCUGCUCCAGCCAGCACUGGUCCUACGGGUUGCGCCCCGGAGGAAAGAGAAAUGCUGAAAAUGUGCUUGAUUCUUUCCAAGAGAUAGCCAAAGAGGUUGAUCAACCAGCAGAACCUCAGCGCUUUGAGUGCACCAUACACCAGCGCCGUUCUCCACUCAGGGACCUGAAAGGAGCUCUGGCAAUGGUUCUCAACCUUGGCCUGACAUUGGGAUACCAUGGAGAGAUUGAAAAGAAAUACUAA